AUGAAAACAUGUAUUUUGUCGUCAGAUACUGAUAUCAUAAUUAUGGCAUUAUAUUAUUUUAGAACAAUUGAAGUAAUAGGAAUAAAGGAACUUUGGAUAAAAGUAGGAGCAGGCGCUACAAAACGAAAUGUUCCAUUAUAUGUUCGAUGUGGAACGGAAACUUGUUCGGUACUUCCUGCACUUUUUCACUUAACAGGGGCAGAUUAUACCAGCAAAGUUGGGACCAAACGUGCUGCCCUUCAUGCCGAACCACAAAACCAUCUGUCAAGUUUUGCACAAAUAAGUAUGUCGAAUAUCAACAUUGAAAAGUCUGUAGAGGAUGCAGAGAAAUAUUUGGUAAAAGUAUUACGAAAAAACACAUUUCAUGCAAAACGUUUAGAUAUUGGAUGUAUCAUCACCAAAAGUGUGUUUCUUUAG